CUUCUUGCGAGUCCGCGGCUCCGAGUCCACCUCUGUACAGACAAACCCGUCGAGGCCAGAUUAACAUUCACAAUGAACACGAUCCGAUCUACAUGGAUAGGCUGGGGCACCCUUUGCGUCGCUGGCGGCGGAGCCUACUACUUUGCUAAGAAAUCCAUCAACGCCGACCGUCAGACCCGUUUCGAAGCGGAAGUGAAGCGCAAGGCGCAGCUGGCUGCGAUGGAAGCCGAGCACCGACGCCAGAACGCCCCGAACAAUGUCCCGACUCCUAGUCCGACCGAAGAUCCGAGCCUGAAGCGCGCCCAGUUAGUGCGUGCCGAUGAUGUGGGCUCGCCCAGUGCUGAAGCUAGCCAUGACCCCGCACCGACUCGUCACGAACCGGAGACUGAAGCUGAGCGGGUGCUGGAAAAGAGUAAAUAUGAGGCUACGCAGCCUUUCCGGCCUCCGAGGGGAAACCGCUUGUAGGGCUGGUGGGUAGUUAGUUUGCACAUACGAAUAUGAGAUGGACGCGGCGAUGGUAAAACAAGGGGGAGAAGAAGAAAAGGCUAUGUUCUGGCAUUUUCAUGUAUCAUAGUUUGGUUUUUGGAGCUGCAGGAACUAGGUAUAGUAUGACCUGCUUAAAUAUCUUGAUCGGCGGGGUUAUCCCUGCUAACGUAGGG